GUUCAUACAGGUCAAUCUCAACAACCAAGUCAAUAUGUCUUUUCGAGGUGGAGGUCGUGGUGGCUUUGCCACUGGUGCCAAUCGCGGAGGUUCCUUCGGUGGCCGUGGUGGCCGCGGAGGCUUCCAGCAGCCAAUGGGACCACCAGCACAGGUUUUGGGUAUAGAAUACCGAUGCGAUCUUCAGACCAUGACAGUUUACUGAUUUUAUUUAGAGAUGGGAUCUUUUAUGCAUGCUUGUGAGGGCGAGAUGGUGUGCGAAUCGAUCAACCCGAAGAUUCCUUAUUUCAAUGCUCCUAUCUACCUAGAGAACAAAACACCUAUUGGAAAAGUCGACGAGGUUCUUGGCCCCAUCAACCAGGUCUACUUCACCAUCAAGCCCCAGGAAGGAAUUGUCGCAACUUCUUUCAAGCCUGGUGACAAGGUCUACAUCGGUGGGGAUAAGCUCCUGCCUUUGGAGAAGUUCCUUCCUAAGCCUAAGCCACCACCGGGUAGGAUCCCAUCUAGGACCGAACGUAUGUUGCGCAUGUUACUGACAACUAUGCAGGUGCUGCUAAGCCUAAGAGAGCCGGAGGCGCUGCCAGGGGUGGUGCUCGUGGUGGUAGAGGAGGCCCUCGUGGUGGAGCGAGAGGUGGACGCGGCGGAUUUGGCGCUCCUAGAGGAGGAGGUGGCUUCCGUGGUGGAGCUAGAGGAGGCGGAGGCUUCCGUGGUGGAAGCGGUGGCUUCUCCAGGGGAGGCGGCAGAGGAGGACCUCGUGGAGGUUUCCGACGUUAGACAGUCUCCGUCUUGCUUAGCACUGUCUUAUUACGGCGUUAUGGGAAAACUGGAGCUUUUGCAGGAACUUUUUGUGUCAAUUUUUCUGUGCAUCCUAGGUGGCUUGCCUAUUCGCAAAGGCUGUAGACUAAUUCAGCCAUUAAAUGAAUGUUAUUAUACCAAUGAAGAACCUGCCAAAACGACUUGUGCUUAUUCGUAGUUCCUUACUCGGGUUUUUUUAGAUGUGGCUGGUGUCUGUGGCGCAGCACGACACCGCCUGGAAAUGACGUCUGGGGACACAUGCCGAGCCGUAGAAUCUUUUCGCAACUUUCCCACCGCUGUUGCCAUAAAUCACAGCUUCA